GGGGGGGGAGCCGGGCCGGCAGCGCCGCGCGGGUGCGCGCCUCCGCCGAGCAUUACGGCGCCCGUUCCCGGCUCCUAGUGCCGAGCGAGCCAUGGCCGAGCGCCGCGCCUUCGCGCAGAAGAUCAGCAGAACCGUGGCGGCUGAAGUCAGGAAGCAGAUCUCAGGGCAGUAUGGAGGGUCCCCCCAGCUUCUCAAAAACCUCAAUAUUGGAGGCAGCGUCUCUCAUCACACAACCGUGCCGCUUACAGAAGCAGUGGACCCGGUUGAUUUGGAGGAUUACCUUAUCACACACCCCAUUGCAGUCGAGUCUGGGCCCUUGAGAGACUUGCUCGAGUUUCCUCCCGAUGACAUUGAGGUUGUGUACACCCCCCGAGAAUGUCGGACGCUUGUGUCAGCUGUUCCUGAAGAGAGUGAGAUGGACCCUCACGUGAGGGACUGUGUGAGAAGUUACACGGAAGACUGGGCAAUUGUGAACAGAAAGUAUCACAAACUGGGGACUGGAUUUAAUCCCAACACUUUAGACAAACAGAAGGAGAGGCAAAAGGGGCUCCCCAAACAGGUCUUUGAGUCUGAUGAAGCUCCAGAUGGCAACAGUUACCACGAUGAACAAGAUGACCUUAAGCGGCGCUCAAUGUCGAUUGACGAUACUCCUCGGGGCAGCUGGGCUUGCAGUAUUUUUGAUCUGAAGAACUCCCUUCCAGAUGCCCUUCUCCCAAACCUGCUGGACCGAACCCCCAAUGAAGAGAUUGACCACCACAAUGAAGAUCAGAGGAAGUCCAAUAGGCAUAAGGAGCUUUUUGCACUACACCCGGCUCCAGAUGAGGAGGAGCCUAUAGAACGACUUAGCAUUCCUGAAGUACCCAAAGAGCACUUUGGCCAAAGACUCCUGGUGAAGUGUUUGUCUCUUAAGUUUGAGAUAGAAAUUGAGCCCAUUUUUGCAAGUUUGGCUUUGUAUGAUGUUAAAGAAAAGAAAAAGAUUUCAGAAAAUUUCUACUUUGAUUUAAACUCCGAACAAAUGAAGGGAAUGCUCCGUCCACAUGUCCCCCCUGCUGCUAUAUCCACACUGGCCAGGUCUGCCAUCUUUUCAAUCACCUAUCCCUCUCAAGAUGUGUUUCUGGUAAUAAAGCUUGAAAAAGUAUUACAGCAGGGAGAUAUUGGUGAAUGUGCUGAGCCUUACAUGAUUUUUAAAGAAUCCGAUGCAGCAAAGAAUAAGGAAAAGCUGGAAAAACUGAAAUGCCAGGCAGAACAGUUUUGCCAAAGACUGGGCAAAUAUCGGAUGCCUUUUGCGUGGACAGCCAUUCAUUUAAUGAACAUUGUGAGCAGUGCUGGAAGUUUGGAAAGAGAUUCCACAGAAGUAGAAGUUGGCACAGGAGAACGCAAAGGCUCGUGGUCAGAGAGAAGGAAUUCCAGUAUCGUUGGGCGGCGUUCGUUAGAGAGAACCACAAGCGGUGAUGAGGCUUGCAAUUUGACCAGUUUCAGACCAGCUACUCUGACAGUGACAAACUUCUUUAAGCAGGAGGGUGAUCGCCUGAGUGAUGAAGAUUUGUACAAGUUCCUGGCUGACAUGAGACGGCCGUCAUCAGUGUUACGGAGAUUGAGACCUAUCACAGCUCAAUUGAAGAUAGACAUAUCUCCAGCUCCAGAGAAUCCCCAUUACUGUCUAACUCCAGAGUUGCUGCAAGUGAAACUUUACCCAGACAGCAGAGUUAGACCUACAAGAGAAAUCCUGGAGUUUCCUGCCAGAGAUGUCUACGUUCCAAAUACCACAUACAGGAAUCUUCUUUAUGUCUAUCCUCAGAGCCUUAACUUUGCCAACCGCCAAGGAUCUGCCAGGAAUAUCACUGUGAAAGUCCAGUUCAUGUAUGGAGAGGACCCAAGCAAUGCUAUGCCGGUCAUCUUUGGCAAAUCUAGCUGUCCUGAAUUUUCCAAAGAAGCAUACACUGCUGUAGUAUAUCACAACAGGUCACCUGAUUUUCAUGAGGAAAUCAAGAUUAAGCUUCCAGCCACUUUAACAGAUCACCACCAUCUGCUUUUUACUUUCUAUCAUGUCAGCUGCCAACAAAAACAAAACACUCCCCUGGAGACUCCAGUUGGAUACACCUGGAUUCCGAUGCUUCAAAAUGGACGGUUAAAGACUGGUCAGUUCUGUCUCCCUGUCUCACUGGAAAAACCACCACAGGCAUAUUCAGUGCUUUCUCCAGAGGUUCCACUUCCUGGAAUGAAGUGGGUGGAUAAUCACAAAGGAGUUUUCAAUGUAGAAGUUGUUGCUGUCUCAUCCCUCCAUACUCAGGACCCUUAUCUUGACAAGUUCUUUGCACUUGUCCAUGCUCUGGAUGAGCACAUGUUCCCUGUGCGAAUAGGAGACAUGAGAAUUAUGGAAAACAACUUGGAAAAUGAACUGAAGAGCAGCAUUUCAGCUUUAAAUUCCUCUCAACUGGAGCCGGUAGUGCGAUUUCUUCAUCUCCUGCUUGACAAACUGAUUCUUCUGGUAGUAAGACCUCCUGUCAUUGCAGGCCAAAUAGUAAACCUGGGCCAAGCAUCUUUUGAAGCAAUGGCUUCAAUCAUAAACAGACUUCACAAGAACUUGGAUGGAAACCAGGACCAGCAUGGCAGAAACAGCCUUCUUGCUUCCUAUAUUUACUAUGUCUUUCGCCUACCAAAUACCUAUCCCAACUCGCCAUCACCAGGUCCCGGUGGCUUAGGGGGAUCGGUGCAUUAUGCCACCAUGGCUCGAUCUGCUGUCCGACCAGCAAGCCUUAACCUGAACCGCUCACGGAGCCUCAGCAACAGCAACCCAGAUAUAUCUGGGACCCCCACCUCACCUGAUGAUGAAGUUCGCUCGAUCAUUGGCAGUAAGGGUUUAGACCGCUCCAAUUCCUGGGUAAACACUGGUGGUCCAAAAGCAGCCCCAUGGGGAUCCAACCCCAGCCCAAGUGCAGAGUCAACACAGGCUACGGAUCGAAGUUGUAAUCGUAUGUCUUCGCACACUGAGACGUCAAGUUUCUUACAAACAUUAACAGGACGGUUACCAACUAAAAAGCUUUUCCAUGAAGAGCUGGCCUUACAGUGGGUCGUGUGCAGUGGGAGUGUGCGGGAGGCAGCCCUGCAGCAGGCCUGGUUCUUCUUCGAGCUGAUGGUGAAGAGCAUGGUGCAUCAUUUGUAUUUUGCUGACAAACUGGAUGCUUCAAGGAAGAAUCGUUUUCCUGAGCGUUUCAUGGAUGAUGUAACUGCUUUGGUCAGCACAAUUGCUGGUGAUAUAGUCUCUCGGUUUCAGAAGGAUACAGAAAUGGUUGAAAGGCUCAACACCAGUCUUGCAUUUUUCCUCAACGAUCUAUUGUCUAUCAUGGACAGAGGAUUUGUUUUUGUUCUUAUUAAGACCUGCUACAAACAGGUGUCUUCAAAGCUGUAUUCCUUAACAAACCCAAGUAACCUGGCAUCUUUGAGGCUGGACUUCCUUCGCAUCAUUUGCAGCCAUGAACACUAUGUCACCUUGAAUUUACCCUGCAGCUUGCUCACACCGCCUGCGUCUCCAUCACCCUCUGUGUCUUCAGCAACUUCCCAGAGUUCUGGGUUCUCCACAAAUGUCCAAGACCAGAAGAUUGCAAAUAUGUUUGAAUUGUCUGUGCCUUUCCGUCAACAGCAUUACUUGGCUGGGCUUGUGUUAACAGAACUGGCUGUCAUUUUAGAUCCUGAUGCAGAAGGUUUAUUUGGAUUGCAUAAGAAGGUCAUCAAUAUGGUACACAACUUACUGUCCAGUCACGACUCGGACCCGCGGUACGCUGACCCGCAGGUAAAGGCCCGGGUGGCAAUGCUGUAUCUACCUCUGAUUGGUGUGAUCAUGGAAACGGUGCCUCAGCUCUAUGAUUUUACAGAGAGUCACAAUCAGCGAGGGAGGCCGAGCUGCGUCACUGCUGAUGAUUAUGAAGGCGAGAGUGGAAGCAUGAUAAGCCAGACAGUUGCCAUGGCCAUCGCAGGAACAUCGGUCCCUCAGCUCACCAGGCCCAGCAGUUUUCUACUCACCUCAUCGAGCGGCAGGCAGCACUCCACCUUCUCAACAGAGUCCAGCCGCAGCCUCCUGAUCUGUCUCUUGUGGGUGCUCAAGAAUGCAGAUGAAAGUGUCUUACAGAAGUGGUUCACAGACCUGUCAGUGCUGCAGCUCAAUCGCCUGCUGGAUUUGCUUUAUCUUUGCGUAUCCUGUUUUGAAUACAAGGGCAAGAAAGUGUUUGAAAGAAUGAACAGUCUGACAUUCAAGAAGUCAAAAGACAUGAGAGCCAAGCUUGAAGAGGCUAUUUUGGGAAGCAUAGGAGCAAGGCAGGAAAUGGUCCGAAGAAGCAGAGGACAGUUAGAGAGAAGUCCUUCUGGGAGCGCUUUUGGAAGUCAAGAGAAUUUGAGAUGGAGAAAGGAUAUGACUCACUGGCGUCAAAACACGGAGAAGCUUGACAAAAGCCACAAACCAGCCAGAUCACGAGCAGAGAUAGAACAUGAAGCACUUAUUGAUGGAAAUCUUGCAACAGAAGCAAAUCUAAUUAUUUUGGAUACACUAGAGAUAGUUGUACAGACUGUUUCUGUGACGGAGUCCAAAGAGAGCAUCCUCGGCGGGGUGCUGAAGGUGCUUCUGCACAGCAUGGCCUGCAACCAAAGUGCACUUUAUCUCCAACACUGCUUCGCCACACAGAGAGCUUUGGUCUCAAAGUUCCCUGAGCUGCUGUUUGAAGAGGAGACUGAGCAGUGUGCAGAUCUGUGCCUGAGGCUCCUGAGACACUGUAGCAGCAGCAUCAGCACAAUACGGUCACACGCGAGUGCCUCACUUUACCUUCUGAUGAGGCAAAACUUUGAGAUUGGGAAUAACUUUGCCAGAGUGAAAAUGCAGGUGACUAUGUCUCUCUCAUCCCUGGUGGGGACAUCCCAGAAUUUCAAUGAGGAAUUUUUACGACGUUCCUUGAAGACUAUUCUAACAUAUGCUGAAGAAGAUCUGGAACUCAGAGAGACAACAUUUCCUGAUCAGGUCCAAGAUCUAGUGUUCAACCUGCACAUGAUCCUCUCUGACACAGUUAAAAUGAAGGAGCACCAGGAAGAUCCAGAAAUGCUAAUUGACCUGAUGUACAGGAUUGCAAAGGGCUAUCAGAAUUCCCCUGACCUGCGCUUGACCUGGUUACAGAACAUGGCUGGAAAGCACUCAGAGAGGAGCAAUCAUGCAGAGUCAGCACAGUGUUUGGUCCACUCUGCAGCCUUGGUGGCUGAGUAUCUGAGCAUGCUCGAGGACCGAAAAUACCUCCCUGUAGGAUGCGUUACAUUUCAGAACAUAUCUUCUAAUGUUUUGGAAGAGUCAGCAGUUUCUGAUGAUGUUGUGUCACCAGAUGAAGAAGGUAUCUGUUCUGGAAAGUAUUUCACAGAAGCUGGUCUGGUGGGAUUGCUGGAGCAGGCUGCAGCAUCUUUCUCCAUGGCUGGCAUGUAUGAAGCAGUUAAUGAGGUUUACAAAGUCCUUAUUCCUAUUCAUGAAGCUAACAGAGAUGCCAAGAAGCUAUCUACUAUUCAUGGUAAACUCCAAGAAGCAUUUAGCAAGAUCGUCCACCAGAGUACUGGCUGGGAGUUCCUACUUGUGGAUUUGUUUGGUUGUUUUUUUUUUUGCUUCCUCCUUCCCUCUUCCCCUCCCCACCCCCUUUUUAUUUUUUGUUUUUCUCUGUGGAAAUCCCAGUUUCAUUGUAGCAACAAGCUAUGCCAACAGCAGGGUACACCCCAUGUGUCCCAGGAAAAGCAGCAUUGCCAACUAUAGGCCUCAGUGUCCCAAGUGGCACCAAUGCCUUUGGAGUGGUGGGUUCCUCUGCUCUGCUCUUGGUUUUAUAAAUAUCGAAUCCCUUUUUUGUGGGUUUUUUUUGUUUGUUUGUUUGCUUGUUUUUUUCAGCAUACAAAGUGAUGUUGCCUCGAACAGCAGCACUCCAGAAACAAAAAAAUAUUGAAAAAUGCAUAUUGAAAGAGUUACAAUAGUUGGCAAUGCUGCAAAGGACCUUGGGUGAAAUUGGGCAAGAAAAGAGAAUGCUUUCUUUAGUAGAAAUGGUUGGAUUUUGCAUUCUGCACAGUGUGUAUGAAGGAGUCACUUUCCCUCAUGCAUAUUUGGGGCUGGCUCUGCCUGCAGGCCGCUGCAGCUCUGCUGGUGGAGAAAGCAGAGCAGAACUCCAAUGUUGGAUUCUUUCAGAUCUUGUUGGCAAAGCUUUUUGUGUGUAUGCAAGAGAUAACUCAAACUUGAUUCCCAGCAAUUUUGAAAGGUAUUUACCAUGCAUAAUAACAAAUCAUGAACCUUCAUAUGUCAUGAUGGCUGUUAUCUGCUCUGCCGGUUCUGUGAUGGCUAUUCAGUGUUCACCUUCAUUCUCUUCUCCUCCCCAGGACCUAUUAUUUUUCAAAAAAUAAUAGGAGAUAAAAUGCUUUUAAUAUUUUCUCCCUCGUAUCUGCAUUUUAGCUCUUUUCAGAAACAAGACCAUGGAGUAUUUUUAAGUGACACGUUUCCAUUUCAGUACUGUUAUUCCAGAGACUUUGGUGUAAGCUAAAUUUCAACCUAGUGAGGUUUGCAGAGCCGUCUCCUGUUAACUCCAGGCAAGAAACUGAGCUCUCCUCAUCCCAUGGGGCUCACAGCUAUUGAAUGUCCCCAAGGGGCAGGGAAUAGCCUGUGGGCCUUCGCUCACCUGAGGAGUGUUUCCAUGCUGAGAUUGCCAGACAUGGCCUCAGACUGGGAAACUGCCUCUACAAAGAGGAUGGAGGCGUUCCUGCUCCACUCCUCCCUCUGACCCUUUCACUCCAAAGACACUCCUACAAAGCCUUGUGGAAGGCAGCACAAAGGGUUUGAUGCUUCCUUUGCUGGGGAGCCGUCACCGCUCAGCCCAUGGCUGAUGGCUCAGGGCUGUGUGGUGGAGAUGCUCUGUCCCACCUGGGCCAACCAGUGCUCCUUCUCCAUGAGGUCCUCAUGAUAACUGAAUGUCAGCAACUGGAUUGAUAGGGGAAAUUUGGUGCAGCUGGACUUCAUGGUGAUGCAGCGUGCACUGGGGGCUGGAUCUCACCUGGCUUCCCAGCCCCUGGACUUAUCAGUUCCACAUGGCUCUUAUUUUAUGCAUUUAGUAAAUGCUACCAGAACUACUUAUUAAUUAAAGAUGAUAAUAGACAGCGUUUUCUUCCCCUCUUAUUGAUAUUUUUAUGGCAACAUAAAUGUACACCUGCUGUAAGAAGUGAUGUGCAGAUGGCUGUGUGGCUCCUACCUUGUAGGAACCAGGUUCUGCAAAUGCUUUGUACCCCAAACCUCACAUGCCCAAAGACAGGGCCAAAUCCUGGUCAGUUCUGGUCAGAGCUGGGCACAGCUGAGCUCUGCCCUCUGUAGCAUGGGGCAGGCAGCAGCCUUCGCCCCAAAAACUAGCAUUGCCCACUGUGUUCUUCAGGCCAGCACCUCACCAUAGCAGUGCUUCAGAGCUCUCCUGAGAUAUCCUUAUUUACACUCCUUGCCUUCUAUAGGUCGUGUUCACCAUCAUCACAAUAGAUCAGUUUUGCCAUAGCAAAAAUAAGAAAUAAAUAGCAGAUAAGACUCAUGUGCAGCAGCCAGGACACCACAGGUGCUCUCUGAACCCAAAGCAGAGCGCUGUGCACACACGUUCUCAUGAGAGUAAAGGUGAACAUCUCACAGUUUCUUGCUGAAAAGCAUUUCUGGUUUGUGCAUGCGGAGUGAAUUGUUUUAACAAGAUUAGAGGUGUGGUUUAUUUUUAAAGUGUUUUUCCUCUUUCUUUUAAUCAGAUUUUCUUUGUUACUUUCCAGCAAAAAUCUUUCUGUUUCUCUUCUUUUUGUUGCAUUUCUGGGCCAAAUUCACCACUGGCUCAAAAGGAAGCAG